GGUUAACGUGCGAAAGGCCGUCGUGUGAGUGCAGCUUGCGAGGAUGACAUGUAUCUACACGUAACAUGCCUGUCAAUUUCGACAUUUGCUUUAUCAACGUCCGGGCGAUCUUUUCCCGUCCCGUCCAUAUGACAGAUGAUUAGAAUAAUCAGACGUUUAUCUCGAACGGUCAACGAGAAUGGGAUUCGCUGUGCAAACGCAUAUACAAUACACGUUACGUGUUUCUAAACAAUCGGCUGGAUAAACAACUGGCAUUCUGAUCGCGUGCUAAUUAACAAUAAUAUAACAGUUUUCUGUAUCGUGUACGUACGAACGCGUGUUUUCAUCGAGGACACGAUCGUAUGAAUGUCCACGGAGUGAACCAGACGAUCGUAAGAUACGGAUAAAGAUUGCAAAUAGCUGCAACAGCACACAAGAUUGUCGUCUGAGCUUUGGAAUCAUUCAUGUAGAUGUAAAUGAUUGUUACGCUAACAUUUGCUGACAUCGAACAUGACGUGGAAUCCCUUGAAGAAAAACUACUUGACCCAGAGACCGACUUCCGCGCCGCCGCUCCUGUCGUAUGCGGAGGAUAAAGAGUUGGACGUCGUUGUUCAGAAGCUCAUCUACGUUGAAAGCGCAAUAAGAAAAUUGAUUAAGGAAAUGAAGAAGUACAUAGGAGCUCUGGCGAAUCUAGACAGAGCUGAUCAACGACUGAGCACGAACCUGAUCAAUUGCGGGCUGGCGCAGAACAAUAAUGAAUGUAGAAGGAUAGUGGAAGAGUACUAUUCCGUCGCUACACAAGUGGGAAAGAACGUUCAAGAAAUCAGUAACUUGUGCCAUAAGACGUUCAUAGAACCUCUGAAGAAGUUCAGAAAUGAAUUUAUCACCAUCGAGGCGGCGAUAGCGAAGCGCGAUCAUCUAGUGGAGACGUGGAGGGGCAUGCAUAAUCGCGUAAAAAAGUUGCAAGAGAAGAAGGACAGAACGGCGAAUCACAUCGCGAAGCUGGAGAGGGAACGGCGAGCGGAGGAGGCGGCCGCGAAAGAGCUGAGGACCAUACACGCUCAACUACUCACGGAAUUACCGACGUUCCUCGGGAAGAGAUUGGAGUACAUCAAUCCGAGCAUUCACGCCGGGAUUAUGAUACAGCUGAAUUAUUACGGGCACGCGACGCAGUUGUACACGCAAUUGAUGCCAAUUCAAUGCUCUUCCGAAUUCACGUCGAGCACAACAAUAGUACCUGAGGAGGAGCAUCAGCGAAUCAUAAACACUGAAUUGAACAGAUUGCGAUCGCUGACUAUAGUGAAGGACCAUUGAACAAGUACAACGCAUUCCUCUAAAAAAUUCUGUUUAUAUAUCUUUUUUUUUAUAAAAUAAUUUUUCAAUAGAAAUAUGUAUUUAUUCACGUUCUCAGCUUGAGAUAAUCAAACGGACAAAUAGAAAUUAUAAGAACGUUUAUUUCUGCGAGAGGAUUAAA